GCUCCUGUCUGCAGUCCCCCAGCCCACCUCUCCCCAGCCGCCCACCACCCCGACCUGGGUGCCAUGCAGCUGCCACCCUUUGACAUGUGGAAGGACUACUUCAACCUGAGCCAGGUGGUGUUGGGACUGAUCCAGAAUCGUCGACAAGGGCCAGAGGGCCUGGGGACCGGGGAGUCAAGACCUGAGCCCCCACUGGAGCAGGACCAGGGCCUGGGAGAGCGGGGGGCCAGCGGGGGGCUGGCCACCCUGUGCAACUUUUGCAAACACAAUGGGGAAUCUCGCCACGUGUACUCCUCGCACCAGCUGAAGACACCGGAGGGCGUGGUGGUGUGUCCCAUCCUACGACACUAUGUGUGUCCCCUGUGCGGGGCCACCGGUGACCAGGCUCACACACUCAAGUACUGCCCGCUCAACGGCGGCCAGCAGUCUCUCUAUCGCCGCAGUGGGCGCAAUUCGGCCGGCCGCAAGGUCAAGCGCUGAGGACCGCGAGGUGCCCACCCCUGCACCCCCAGCGUCUGGGCUCAGUCCUAC